AUGCCCCAAGAUUCUAAAAUUAAUUCCUCCAAGACGGCCAUUCAAAACUUGGAAGAGAAGCCCCAAAACACAAUACAUUCCGCUACCCCUUCAGCUCAACAGUCGCUUGCUGACUUGAAGGGAGCUCCAAAGAAUAAUAGGUACUUUCUUGGCCUUGUAUCAUUAGCCCUAGUCGUGUUUCUAUGGGUCUCCUCAUCAUUUGUAAUGUCCUUAUUGCUGCGUAUAUAUCCAAAGGCCUUCUUUUCUACCUACAUGUCAACGGCAACCUUUCAGCUUUAUUUCCCAAUUUUAUAUCUCAACUCUCUGUUCAAGAAAAAGCCUCGGGAAGCGGAGGAAUCUAGUGCUAUCCCUAAAUCCCCCUCAUCGUUAGCGGCGCCAGCAUCUAAAAAGCUGACAAAAAGAGAAAUGCUUGAGCAUUCUGUUUUAUUUUUCUCCAUCUAUUUUAUCUCCUGUUAUCUGGCCAAUCUUUCAUUUGAAUAUACAGAUGUUGUAUCGGCUGCACUUUUGCUUUCAACCUCUUGCUUCUUUACGCUUAUAUUUAGCAUCAUAGCUGGUGUUGAAAAAUUUAGCCUAAUGAAGGGCCUAUCCGUGUUAAUUUGUGCCGGUGGACUUUGCAUCGUUGGGGGUCUUUCAUAUUUCUAUGAUGAGAAAACAACCCAAACUAAUCCGCCAAUAAACAUAGCCCUAGGAAAUAUUUUUGCAGUUGGUUCUGCAAGUUUAUAUGGGCUCUACUCGGUAAUUUUAAAGAAAAAAACCAUCGACGAGUCAAGGAUAAAUAUGCCUUUUUUUUUCGGUUGCGUCGGCUUAUUGUCUACUAUAUUGCUUUGGCCGAUUUUUUUUAUCUUGCACAUCACAAAAUUAGAAGUCCUUGAAGUUCCAACGCUCUUUAGCUUGGUUCUACUAUUUGCUAAUAAUAUUUUCGGCGGUCUUGCAGCCAACUAUUUCUGGAUUUAUGCGCUUCUUCAUACUUCCCCUCUUAUAGUGUCUAUUGGGCUCGCCUUUUCCAUUCCAAUGACGAUUCUUUUUGAUCUGCUCAUUAAUGGAAAUAGUAUUUUCCAGUUCAGAUAUCUUGCGGGCGUGUGUAUUGCGCUGGGCUUUAUCAUUUUGAAUUUAACUGCAAUAUAUCCAGAUUUUGAUUUCUUUUUUGAAAGCAUGUCACAGUUUUCUGAAAAGGUGAUGUCUGAAAGCUUCUCUUCAGAUAUGACUUCAAAAGAUCAAUCCUCAAACGAAAUUUCAAAAGAUGAAUCCUCAAACGAAAUUUCAAAAGAUGAAUCCUCAAACGAAAUUUCAAAAGAUGAAUCCUCAAACGCAACCUCAAAAGAUCAAUCUUCAAACGCACUUUUAUCCGAAAAAGACAUCGUUCAUGUAACUUCACCUGCUGGAACAGCAUCAAAGUUUGCGAUACUCUUCUCAUGGGCCAACUCUUUCGAUUAUUUUUUAAUUGGAACUGGUUUGGUUUGUGGCCUCGUGGCCGGCCUUUCGGUUUCAUUAAUGAAUUACUUGCUUGGAGAUAUCAUCAACUUGUUCAUCGAUUUUCUCAUCGCAAAAAAUGUGGACCCCUCGUCUGUUUUACUCCAAGAAAAACUCUUUUGGACAGAAAUGACAUAUUCUUUAACAUUUCUUUCCAUUUUGGGAGUGGUAAUAUUCCAGACAGGAUAUUGGAUGUUGGCUUUACUUAAUUGGUCCGCAGCUCGCCAGUGCUAUCGUCUUAAAACCACUCUUUUUGCUUCUCUUCUGGAAAAGGAAAUUUCUUUUUUUGAUGGAAAUUCUACUGGUGAACUUAUCAACCGCUCUGCUGCAGACAUUUUCCUAGUUCAAGAAGGACUUUCCGGGAAAAUGGGAUUGACAGCAUUGUAUGCAGCUACAUUUAUUUCUUGCUUUUCUGUGGCCUUUUUUCGCUGCUGGCAAUUAACUCUUGUCGUAUGCAUGAUUUUUCCAAUUAUAAGUGCAUCUAAUGCGCUCUUUUCCCGCGUCUCUUCUCGAUUUUCUGAGAAGGCCCAACCUCGCUACGCUCGAGCAAGCGCAUAUGCAGGAGAAGUUAUUGCAGGAAUCCGUACCGUAGUGUCAUUUGGUGCUCAAUCUUCGGAAUGCGAGAGUUAUAGUGACCUGGCGCAAGAGGCAGCAAAGAAAAACGAGCCCUCUUUCCUUAUUUCCGGAGCCUCAAUGGGUAUUAUUUGCAUGUUAGCCUUUUUUUCAUAUUCACUUGCCUUUUGGAGCGGUGCCAAGCUUAUUGAGUCUGGAGUUAUUCUCAAACGCGGUGUAAUUUUAAGUGUCUUUUUUUGCGUGAUCUCUGGUGCCGUUUCUGUGAGACACAUUUUCCAAAAUUUUGAAAUCGUAAGCCGGGGAAUUCUUGCAGCUUCAACACUCUCCAAUAUCAUCAAAAAAGACGAAGAUCAAUCAUUAAAUAUAUCCAAAAAAGGUGUUGACGAUGAGGAACACCUUCGUGUUCGCGGGCUUAUUGAGAAAGGUGGAAUUACUCUUGAAAAUGUCUCCUUUCGGUAUGCUUUGACAUUUUUAUUGGAGCCAGGGAAGAAGACAGCCCUUGUAGGCAAAUCUGGAUCAGGAAAGUCCACCAUUGUUGACCUGCUUCAACGAUUCUAUCGUCCACAGAGUGGGAGGAUCCUGAUUGGGGACGAGGAAGACCAUAACAUUAGCCCUUUGGCUAUGCGAUCUUCCAUCGGAAUUGUGUCUCAAGAGCCUAUUCUUUUUGACGAGAGUGUUUUUAUAAAUGUGGCUCUUGGAGCUAUAAAUCGGGCUUCUGUAACCAUGGAGGAUGUGGCAAAUGCCUGCCGUAUCGCAAAUGCUCACACGUUUAUUUUGGGCUUGCCUCAAGGAUACUCUACUAGGGUAGGCCCUGGUGGUUCUAUGCUCUCUGAUGGCCAGCGGCAACGCAUCGCAAUUGCUAGAUCGUUGAUGCGAGACCCAUCUUUGUUGAUUUUGGACGAAGCUACGUCCUCCCUGAAUUCUGCUUCAGAGGCUGCUGUUCAGGAUGCCCUUGAAAUGGCUUCUAAAGGCCGUACAACUCUAGUUAUCGCCCAUAAGCUUUCAAGUGUAAUUUCUGCUGACAAAAUUAUCCUUCUUCAAGAAGGAAAAAUUCUGCAGCAGGGAUCACAUUCUGAACUAAUUUCUCACACUGAAGGUCCAUAUUUCGAACUAGUCCAUCCACAAAAAGGAGACACCGCUGUAUUUCUUGAUAAUGACAGUACUCCCGUGGAUGACAGAUACUUGGAGACUCCCGAUACAUGUGACGGUAUUGAUUACGAUGCAAUCGCAGCAUCACCUUCAAUCCUUCGUCUUUCCGACACAGCUAGAGGAAGAAAAUGUACAUUGCCACUUUCGAAAAUCGUCCACCGUAUCCUGAGGAUGCAAGGUCCCGAAUAUGCCUUUAUGCUGUUCGGCCUUCUUUGUGCGAUUGUAAACGGCUCCACAAUGCCAAUACUAUCCUUCCUUUUUGCCGACCUUCAAAGUGUAUUUGCAGAACCCUCAAUUGCGGUUCUAAUCAAAGGCGUCAAGUUUUACUGUUUUUGGUUCUUUAUUCAAGGCUUGAUCUCCGGAGUUUCCCAACUUGGGCAAACCGCUUUUUUUGGCAUAGCCGGAGAGCGUCUUGCCAGUCGCCUUCGAGCCUCUUGCUUCAAAUCGCUAGUUUCGAUGGACCAAAAUCAUCCUUUAAAGAUGGCGUAUUUCGAUACACCUCAAAAUGCACCUUCUCGUCUAAUUGCACGCUUAUCGUCAGAGGUAGAUAGUUUGAAAAAACUCACGGGUCCUCUUUUUGGUACCCUAAUACAGGCUUUAGUGACCGUUGGACUUGGUCUAUUUGUUGCUUUUUAUUCCGGAUACAAAUUGGCCAUUAUUCUCGUGCUAUGCAUGCCUUUAAUGGCAAUUGCUAGCUUCUUUGAAAGGAAUACAAGAACAUACUUUGGCAGCAAUAUCGAACGUUCCUCUGAGCUUGCUCAGGCGCGCAUGGGUGAGGCCCUUCACUAUCGACGUACUGUUUCUGGCCUUUGCCGCGAAUCCUGGUUCUUGGAGCAAUAUUGCAAGCAAUUGGAUGCUCCUCAUCGCCUUAGCGUGAUCAGUGCAUUUGUUGGAGCUAUUGGAUUUGGGCUUUCGCAAGCCAUGCUGUGUUGGAUCUAUGCUAUUUCGUUUUAUUUUGGGGCCAAAUUGGUCCUUUCUGGCGAGCUCGAUUAUGCCGCCAUGAACAGGGUCCUUUAUUCAAUUAUAUUUUGCGCCAUGGCAGCAGGAAAAACAAUCGCUUGCUUGCCAGAUGUUCCCUCUGGACGCCUUGCAGCUCAAUCUAUAUUUGAGCUCCUCUCCUAUGGCGACGGUGGCAAUGCAAACGCAUCUUUGGAUGAGUACCGCAAGGAUCAAGCCAUUGCCAGCAAUGUUCCUCCACAGAUCAGGCUUGAAAAUGUACGCUUUUCAUACCCUUCGAGGCCCGAAACUCGAGUUCUUGAUGAUUUAAAUUUAACUUUUGAAGCUGGAAAGAGAAUUGCGAUCGUUGGACCUUCAGGGUCUGGAAAGAGCUCCAUUUUUGGGCUUUUUGAACGCUUCUACGAGCCACAAACCGGCUCAAUACUGUUUGAUGGAAAGGAUAUUUCCACGAUUCCGCUCUCUGUAGUUAGAGAGACCUUUGGAUUGGCAAGCAAAGAGCCGGUACUUUUUUCUCGAUCUAUUUGGGAAAAUAUCUGUCUAGGCAGACAGCUGCUUAAGGAGAAGGAGGAGGAGGAAGCGCCAUCGAUUCCUCAAGUUGAUGUUGAAAAUGCUUCAAUUCUGGCCGGUAUCCAUUCGGACAUUAUAUCCCUUUCUUGCGGAUAUGAAACACAGCUUGGUGAAUUUGGAUCACAGCUCUCUGGGGACCAAAAGCAGCGCAUUGCAAUUGCCCGUGUCCUUUUAAAAAAUCCGCCAAUCUUGCUAUUUGAUGAAGCCACCUGUGCCUUGGAUGCCCAAUCUGAGGAAAAAAUCCAAGCAGCUUUGAUGAAAGAUUUUGCUUCAAGCGAGAGACCAAGGACGUUUAUUGUCAUUGCGCAUCGUCUUAGCACCAUUCGAGAUUUUGAUUUAAUUUAUGUCAUGGACAAGGGAAAGGUUGUUGAAAUGGGCGACCACUCCUCGUUACUUUCCAAAAGGGGUCUAUAUUAUAAGCUCUACAAGAAAGAAUCGCGUCAAGCACAUGAAGACAAAGGAGUUAAUUAA